UGUGUGUGAAACAAGUUUUGAUGCAGGUGUGAACGCGUUGACUUCGUUCUGCUUUUAUUACUGUGUAAGAUGAACUUCGAAAACGCCAUCUACAUUCUGAAAGACUGUGACAUGCACAGUAUUUUUUUCGGUCAUGGGAAACUAUAUAUCGCCGUGAUGAUUUGUUAUGGGUAGAGCCCCAACAACGUGCGGUUUAUCUUCGAUGUCUCACGGCAUUGUUCCGUCUUGACCAGGCAUGCAAGGUCCCCUGAGAAGAAUAUUGAGUUUCUGCGAACGCUUGGGCGGUGACCACUAAUUUUAGGAUUUAAGAACUGGGAGGAAACGUGUGAAGUUUCUUAAAAUGGAUAUUACAGUGUCAGAGUUGAUGGAAAACUUCAUGGAUACCUCGCUCGUGGUGUGGGUGAAGACCUUUGGACCACUGGGCUCCGGCUCAGAGGACAAGCUCUCUAUGUUUAUGGAUCUGGUGGAUGGGGUCUUCCUGCACAAAAUCAUGACACACAUAGACCCCAGCCCCACCAACCAGAGAGUGAAUAAGAAUGUGAACAAUGAUGUGAACCUACGAAUCCAGAACCUCAACAUUGUAAUCAGGCACGUCAAGAACUACUACCAGGACAAUCUCCAGCAGCUCAUCCUGAUGACCCUGCCUAAUGUGCUGACCAUGGCUAAGGACCCCCUCUCAGGCAAGAGCAUGGAAGAGGUGAAGAGACUGCUGCUGUUGAUCCUAGGCUGUGCUGUGCAGUGUGAGAGGAAAGAAGAGAUAAUUGAGAAGAUCAAACUGCUCGACAUUGAGAGGCAGGCAGCCAUCGUCUCCCACAUUCAAGAGGUGACCCAAAACCAGGAGAAUGUGUUGGACUUGCAGUGGCUGGAGCUGCCAGAUAUGCCCACUGAGGAGCUGGACCCCCUGUCCAGAAACAUGGCCCUGCACCUCCGCAAACUCAUAGAUGAAAGAGAUGAAUGUGCAGAGGCGAUCGUGGAGCUGACCCAGGAGAGGGACUACCUCCAGUCCCAGCAGCCCUCUAACCACCUGGGUUACCCCAACCCUGAGAGGACCGACCUGGGCCUGGGCGGACCUAUCUGCCGGCUGUCCAAAGAGGACCGGCAGCAUCUGGCUGUGGAGCUAGCUGACACUAAAGCCAAACUGAGACGCUCGCGACAGGAACUGGAGGAGAAGACUGAGCAGCUGAUGGAUAACAAACAUGAGGUGGAGAGGCUGGAUCUAGAGAUGCAGAAACUCAAGCAGGAGAACAUGCAGUUACUCGCAGAGGCGAGGUCGGUGCGUGCGUACAGGGAUGAAGUGGACGCUCUGAGGGAGAAGGCAGCCAAGGUGGACAGACUGGACACAGAGUUGAGCCGCUGCAAGGAGAGGCUACACGACGUCCACUUCUACAAGACACGAGUCGAGGAGCUGAGAGAAGAUAACGCCACUCUGAUGGAGACCAAAACCCUGCUGGAGGAGCAGCUGGGAGCCUCCAGGAGGCGUUGUGACAAACUACAUGAGCUGGAGAAGGAGAACCUGCAGCUACGCUCCAAACUACACGACGUGGAGAUGGACCGGGACACAGAUAAGAAGCACCUGGAGGGGUUGAUAGAGGAGAACAUGCUGCUGGAGAUCUCUCAGAAACAGAGCAUGAACGAGUCUGCCCACCUGGGCUGGGAACUGGAGCAGCUGGCCAAGAACAACGACGACAACGACAUGCACAAGUUGUUUGUGUUUGAGCUGAACGAGUCUGCGUCGAGCCGUCUGCUGAAGCUGGAGAAGGUGAACCAGGGUCUGCAGAGCACCAUCCAGGAGCUCAGAGAGGCUUCACUAAGUCUGGAGAAGGACCAGCUAAACACCAUGGAGUUGGAGAGAGAGAACCAGGGCCUCAGCAAAAAGCUGGAGCGUAUGCAGACCCUGCUGGACCAGGAGAAGCAGACCACCCAGGACAUGGAGGGUCUGGAAGAAUACCUGCUCAAAGACGAGCAGAAACUGGAGAAGACUCUGGAGAGACUACAGGCAGACAAGAACAGACAGGCGCAAAGUAUCUCAGAGCUGGAGCAGGAGAAGGAGCACCUGAGUCAGGCGGUGAGUUCCCUGCGUCAGCACGCCCAGGUUGACAGCGAGGCCCGAUUCAGGGAGGUGGAGACAGAGAACCGCGUCCUCCACCAGACCAUCACCAACACCGGAACCAAGCUGGCCCGGCUAGAAGCCCAGGGCAAGCAGGCCACCAAGGAGCUGGAGACACUGAGGGAGAGGGGGGAGGAGCUGGAGAGGGAGACAACACAUCUGGAGAGGAGCAAGGAGCAGCUGCAGAGGGAGGUGGCCUCCCUGAAGAUCACAUGUGACCGGGCUGAGGCCCUGGAGAGAGACAACACCAGCCUGGAGCAGGACAACCGGAGGCUGAAGAAGCAGGUGGAUACAACCCAGAACGUGAGCCUGCGCCUGGCCACGCUGGAGAAUGACCACAGCCUCUUGGACGAGGAGAACCUGGAGCUUCGCCGCACCGUGGAGUCCCUCCGGCCAGCUGCCGUUCGCCUGGCCCAGCUCCAGCAGGAGAACAGGGAGCUGGAGAGGGAGAGGGAGGAUCUGACCCGCUCUGUGGAGGAGCUGCGGUCCCAGAGGAAGAGGGCGGAGCGGCUGGAGCUGAGCAUCGGCAGCCUGGGCCAGGAAAACCAGAGGUUACAGCAGAGCCUGGAGAACAGUUCCACUAAGAUCCAGGGGCUGGUGAGGGAGCUGAGGCAGGCGGAGACUGAGACCGGGGUUCUGAGACGGGAGCUGGAAGAGGUGCGCCUGGCGGGGAAACGCCUGGAGGUGGUGGAGAAGGAGAAGAGGGGGCUGGAACAGGAGCUGGGCCAGUCAGAGAAGGAGAGGAAGCAGCUGGAGAAGGAGGCGCGACGUUUAUGGCAGCAGCUGGAAGUGAAGGAAGAGGUGCUGGAGGAGAGUGCUCUAAAGCUGGCCUCAUUAGAGAAGGAGGGCAUCACCAAGGAGAAGGAGCUGGAGAGGUUAAAGGAGGUGGCUGGGAUGGUCAAAGAGCUGGCGAUUCAGAACAAGGAGCUGCAGAAACAGGCCACCAUCGACAAGAGGACCCUGGCCACACUCCGAGAGGACCUGGUGAAUGAGAAGCUGAAGGUGCAGCAGCAGUGGAACGAGUUGGAGAUACUGAGCCACGAGCUGGAGAAGAUUGGCCUCAACAGAGAGAAACUACUGCAGGGGGAGAACAGCUGUGAAGAGAAUAAGUACAAGAUCUUGGAGAGUAAGAUCGAGUCAACGCUGAAGAAGACUCUGGAGAUCCGUGAGGAGAAGAUUCAUGGUUUGGAGUCUCGACUGGAGGAGUCUAGUAGUCUUAAUCAGCAGCUACGCACUGAACUCAGCACCUUGAAGAAGACUCUGGAGGCUCUGAGACAGAGGCAGGAGGAGGAGACCCACUCACACAGCUCCACACUACAGGCUGCAGUUCAGGGUCAGGUCCAGGGCCACAGCCAGGGUCAGGAGAAGUGGGAGACAGUGACGAGAGAGGCCACCGCAGAGCUCCUCAAAUUCAAGGAUCGCCUCAUCGACAUAGAGAAGAACAAAGCAACCUUGCAGACAGAGAAGCACCUACUGAAAGAUCAGCUGAGACAGCUAGACAACCAGAACAGCCAGCUGAAUGCCCAGAAUGUGGCCCUACAAGGGCAGGCUGUAGCACUGCAGCAGCACAACACCUUCCUGCACAAACAGACAGCCAAACUACAGGUGGAGAACUCCACCCUCAACUGCCAGAGUGCAUCUCUCAUGGCCCAGAAUGCCGUACUGCAGGGCCAGGUGGGGGCUCUGGAGAGCGAGUCGGAGGCGUGGCAGCGGCAGCGGGAGGAAGCGUGGGUGGGUAGGGAGGGCGUGCUGCUGGACCACGAGCGCUUGCUGAGCGUUCACGAGAGACAGGCGGCGGAGUACGAGCAGCUCAUCACCCAACACGCCGCCCUGAAGGGCAACCAGAGAGCUCUGGAGAAGGAGCACCGUGCACUGGAGAACAAGUACAUAGUGCUGCUGAAGCAGAAAGAUGCCAUGGAGGCAGUGGAGUCCACCCUUCAGAAGGAGAGGGAGAGUGUAAGAGAGGAGAUCCACAAAAAUGCGCUGAUUCUGGGGGAGAACCAGAGUCUGAGGGGGGAGUUGGACCGGUUGACCCAGACUCACUCCCAACUGUGUGCGGAGUAUGACGGGCUGCAGGUGCAGACCAAGGAGUUGAAGACCCGACUGAACAGAGCUCAGCUGGAGUUGAACCGCUGGCAAGCCAGAUACAACUCGAUGAAGGAGCAGCACCAAGGCCUGGACAUCUCCAUGACCAAGCUGGACAACCACUGUGAGCUGCUGACCCGUCUGAAGGGGAACCUGGAGGAGGAGAACCACCACCUACUGAGUCAGAUCCAGAUGUUGAGCCAACAGAACCAGACCCUGCUGGAGAGAACCAUGGAGAGCAAAGAGCUCUACCACGAAGAGCAGAAACAGUACAUUGACAAGUUGAACUCGCUCCGGAGGCAGAAGGAGAAACUGGAGGAGAAGAUCAUGGAUCAGUACAAGUUUUAUGAUCCAUCUCCUAAAAAGAGGAACCAUUGGGCCGGGGCCAAGGCUCUGGCCAAACUCAUCAAGCCCAAGAACAGACAGGACAGCUCCAGGGAGAGGGUGCGGAGCGCCCCUGACAUUCCCCUGCCCGAACCUCCCACCUUGGACUUCCCUGACAUCCCCCCCACGCCUCCCCUUCCACUGCCCCGCCAGUCCUGCCUCAGCCUAGACUCUGUAUGGAACCACUCUCUGGAGGAGAACCACCUUGGACAGGGACACUUCCCUGCCCUCACCCCCACCCCCACAUACUCCAGCAGAGCACUAAACGACAGUGGAGUGUCCAGAGGCAGGGAGCUGUUCCGUGCUUCAGGGGGCAGCAGUGAGGGUGUGAAUGGCACUGAGGAGCUGUACGCCAGACGCAGAGGUGUGGAGCUAGGGGGGGCUGCUGCUCACUCCAUCCCCGCCACCCACUCCUCCACCUCAGGCCUGACACCCAGCUCCAGGCCUGGACACAGGCCCAAAGGUUUCAUCUAUGAGGACGACUCUCGGGUUCACUCCCCUGAUGCUCAUCUUGUCCAUGGAAACGCAGGUUAUGGACCAGGCUCUGCUGAGCUCAGUCGCAACACCUCCAGCAGCAACUCCCCUGUCAACUGCAAAGAUUCCCUGGAGCACCUGCAGGACCGUUCUGCCAGUCUGUCCAGUGAUGACGUAGUGGGCCUUAGUCACGACGUGUCCCACUCCCUGACCCUCCCCUGGAGCGCCAUUGUCCCUUACGACGCACACGCCCACACCCCGGUCCAGAGGAGUGCACCCCGGCCUGGCAGCCACCGGACCUCCUCCCCUGGCAGCGAGAUGGUCACCUUGGAAGAGUUCCUGGAAGAGAGCAACACCCUGUCACCACCCACUGUGCUGUCAGGCAGUCGGGAAGAUCUGGUGGCGGACUACUUCAACCCAUUAGAACAGAGAGAGAGAUCCACCCUUUGUCGGCCCUCUCCCCUGAGAGAUGGAGCCAAGACCCCCACCAGCUAUGUUACGCCCACUGUGAAGAGAGACACAGACCUCCACCGGGCUGGUGAGGGGCCAGGCAGGACCUCCAAACCAGGCCAGUGUGUCAAGCCCAGUGUCCUGCUACAAGAGGGAUCCACCUCCAUGCCCCAGUCCCACUCACAGACCCUACCCAACCAGACCAGCAACGGGCUAGGGACAGGGGGGCGGCCUUUACCCCUGGGACCCUUUGCACCCUAUGGAGGAGGUCUGGGCAGCAGCAGUUUGUCUCGGACCUUCAGCCUGGCCUCCGCUGACCUGCUGCGCUCCAAUGGUCCAGGUAGCUACCGGUCAGACAUGGAGGCAGGAGGCUCGCCCAGCCGAGGUGGUGGGGAUGGGGUGGUCAGGAGGCCUGGGGCUGGAGCCACGGCCAGGGAGCGCCCCCAGUCUGCCAGGUUAGAAGGACCCUUGGACAUCGACCCCCGCAGACUGUCUCUGGCUCCACCCAAAGAGGAACCUCUUAACCUGGCCCCUCCCCAGCACCACUCCUCCUCCCUGUCCCUGCAGCCCAAGUGCUACGGAGGGAGAACAACACCAGGCUCCACCCCCAGGAACAACAGCCCCAGCUCCGGACUGCAGCCACAAGGACAGCCCAUCCGCCAGAAGAACCACUGUGGGGAGGUUGCCAUGUUGAGGGCAGCGCCGGCUCUGAGGCUGGAGGAGCCACAGGAGGGGGAUGCGAGGCUCCAGGCUGACUGCCCGCUGCUGAAGAAACCAGAGGUGGGGGGAGGAGGAGGGGGGCUGAGCUGCAGCACAGAGGAGCACCCCAGGAGCACCUCCGCCUCCCCAGACCCCAACAACGACCCUCAGACUGUAUGGUAUGAGUACGGCUGUGUCUAGGAGCCGUUAUUGUAGUGGCAGGCCUCAGUACUGUACAAAAAGUUUUCUUCCUGGUAAACCACAGGAUGCCUGGUCUGGCACCGCUAGGCUGGUCCUCACUGAACUGUUUCUGACCAUUUGAAACUUCCUAGCUGCUUUUAACGCUUCAUAAAGGAAAUUAUACCCCAAAGAGACCACUACACCACAGGGCGCUGUACCCAGCUGGCAACAUAUGGUUGAUUUGAUUUGCAUGACCAACACGUGGGCAUGGUACUUGGGACCGCCAGUGCCGCAGUUACAUUAACAUGUACAGGAAUGCUUUGAGGAAGGCAAAAGCACUAGAGAGAAAAAACGAAAAGAAAAAUACAUUCGUGGCUAUUGGACAACACUGGUUGCUCUAUGUGCACUGUAUGUGCUGUGCGCACAGUGGGUCUGGCCCUGUCCAAUGAGUUCUAUUCUGAAUCUGAAAAACUAACAUUUUGGGGAAGACCACUCCCAAAGACCACUCCCAGAGUAAUUGCAUGGUAAGGUCUGUCCUCCAUCUUUAGGAGCGUGAGGACAGAUUGUUUAUCUCAACACAGCCUCAGUGACACAUUACUGGAAAUGGGUCAGCUCCCACUUUGAACAUGCUGUUUUCUGUUGCGUCUGUGGGUGACCCAAACUAUGGGCUUUUGCAUAUAUCUCAUCUCAAAGUGAAACUGGCUUGUGGGGAGCAUGUAAUUCAUCCCAUAUCUGUUUUUGUGUACGCAAGGCAGGACGAAACAGGCAGAUAUACCAUAGAGGGAGGGAACACCAGACUGACCAACUCAUGAAGAGAGACAAAGCAGGGCUUUUUGUAGCAAGAGGGGACCAUUUCUGGAGGAAAGGAUUGAGUGAGUUUAAGAUGAAGAAAGACAGAGAUUUGGAGAUGAUUGACAUAAUGGUGAUGAUGGACAGAGAGAAAUGAAGAAAGAUGAAUGAGAGUUUCAGAGACAUUGGUCAGGUGGAAGAAUUAAAAAAUGAUACGUAAAAUGUUCUCCAUGACUAACCACCAUUAAUGCCCCAGAAAACUGAUCCCUAUACAAUAGAUGUGAUGUGCAGAAAAUAAAUCUUAUUUUCCAAAUACAAUCCAAAGAUUGACAAAACAAGGAUGAAUAUGUAGAUGUGUCUGAAGAUGGGAUACAUUUUUAUUACAGAAAGCUAAUCGGUGACAUUAUCAACAAGAGGCUAUUAAAGGCGUCUUUUUAGUUUUUAAUUAUUGAUAGUGUUGGAAUUAUUACGUUUUGUAUAUAUUUUUUUACACCACUACCCAGCUCUAAAAUGUCAGUAAGACUCAAUGUAUUUAUUAUGUUCCUCUCAAAUUACAAAACUAUGUCUGCGUGUCUGUGUUUUUAUCUUCUCACCUAAAUGGGUUUGUUGUGAAGUUGAGUGUGGUUCACUAAGGGUGGUGUCAUGUUGAAUUGUGCACAACCUCUCAUUCUCUUAAUGUAUUGAUGAGUUUUCUGUAUUAGUAAAAAGCCAGUGGAUAAAAAUCUCAUUAGACUCCUCUAUUAGGUAGACGACUAGUCCGUCUAUUAGAGGUGUAUUAUAGUACAGUUGAAAUCAGAAGUGUACAUACACUUAGGUUGGAGUCAUUAAAACUCAUUUUUCAACCACUCCACAAAUUUCUUGCUAACAAACUAUAGUUUUGGCAAGUCGGUUAGGACAUCUACUUUGUGCAUAACACAAGCAAUUUUCCAACAAUUGUUUACAGACAGAUUAUUUAAUUUAUAAUUCACUGUAUCACAAUUCCAGUGGGACAGAGGUUUUUGAGUCAAUUGGAGGUAGGCCUUGAAAUACAUCCACAUCUUCAAACUCAGUGCCUUUUUACUUGACAUCAUGGAAAAAUCUAAAGAAAUCAGCCAAGACCUCAGAGAGAGAAAAAUUGUAGACCUCCACAAGUCUGGUUCAUCGUUGGGAGCAAUUUACAAACGCCUGAAGGUACCACGUUCAUCUGUGCAAACAAUAGUACGCAAGUAUAAACACCAUGGGACCACGCAGCCGUCAUACCGCUCAAGAAGGAGACGUGUUUGGUCUUCUAGAGAUGAACGUACUUUGGUGCGAAAAGUGCAACUCAAUCCCAGAACAACAGCAAAGGACCAUGUGAAGAUGCUGGAGGAAACGGGUACAAAAGUAUCUAUAUCCACAGUAAAAUGAGUCCUAUAUCGACAUAACCUGAGAGGCCGCUCAGCAAGGAAGAAGCCACUGCUCCAAAACCGCCAUAAAAAGACAGACUACGGGUUACAACUGCACAUGCGGACAAAGAUUGUACUUUUUGGAGAAAUGUCCUCUGGUCUGAUGAAACACAAAUAGAACUGUUUGGCCGUAAUGACCAUCGUUAUGUUUGGAGGAAAAAGGGGGAGGCUUGCAAGCCGAAGAACACCAUCCCAGCCGUGAAGCACUGGGGUGGCAGCAUCAUGAUGUGGGGGUGCUUUGCUGCAGGAGGGACUGGUGCACUUCACAAAGUAGGUGGCAUCAUGAGAUGGGGAAAUUUAUGUGGAUAUAUUGAAGCAACAUCUCAAGACAUCAGUCAGGAAGUUAAAGCUUGGUCGCAAAUGGGUCUUCCAAAUGGACAAUGACCCCAAGCAUACUUCCAAAGUUGUGGGAAAAUGGCUUAAGGACAACGAAGUCAAGGAAUUGAUGUGGCCAUCACAAAGCCUUGACCUCAAUCCCAUAGAAAAUGUGUGGGCAAAAUAGAAAAGGCGUGUGCGAGCAAGGAGGCAUACAAACAUGACUCAGUUACACCAGCUCUGUCAGGAGGAAUGGGCCACGAUUCACCCAACUUAUUGUGGGAAGCUUGUGGAAGGCUACCCAAAAUGUUUGACCCAAAACAAUUGAAAGGCAAUGCUACCAAAUGCUAAUUGAGUGUAUGUAAACUUCUGACCCACUGGGAAUGUGAUGAAAGAAAUAAAGCUGAAAUAAAUCACUAUUAUUAUUCUGAUAUUUCACAUUCUUAAAAUAAAGUGGUGAUCCUAACUGACCUAAGACAGGGAAUUUUUACUUGUAUUAAAUGUCAGGAAUUUUGAAAAACUGAGUUGAAAUGUAUUUGGCUAAGGUGUAUGUAAAAUUCCGACUUCAACUGUAAGAUAUGUAAACAUUAUGUAGUAGAGCAUGAAAAUAUUUGGCACUCAAAUCUUCCUUCAACUUGUUCUAUUCAGAUACCAAACAGAUUGAUCAAAGGUUGGCAUGAUUGGCAUUCCCAAGAGGAAUAUCAUCUGUUUGCUGUGGAUCACACACAUGCCUAGGCAGGUAGCCUAGCAGUUAAGAGUGUUGAGCCAGUAACUGGAAGGUUGCUGGUUUGAAUCCCCGAGACGGCAAGGUGGACAAAUCUACCGUUCUGCCCUUGAGCAAGGCAGUUAACCAACAACAACAACUGCUCCUCGGGCGCUGAUGACAUGGAUGGCACCUCUCUGAUUCAGAGUUAAAUGUGGAAGACACAUUUCGGGUGAAUCCAUUCAGUUGUGGAACUGACUAGGUAUCCUCCUUUCUUGCCUCUCUUUUCUAUGCACAAUACGUGUUCCAUCACCAUGUGUUUUGUCCGACUGGUACGUCGGUUCUGUGUAUACUGUACAGUAGGUUAGAGAUUGGAGUUUGAUAAUCGUGACCAAACACUACUAAAAAAUGACUAGUUAUGACAGACCUACAAACGUGCAAAGAUACUGAAAUGUAAAUAUUGCAGAUGUUUGUGAUUUGUUUUCAUCGGUUAAUGAAGAUGCAUAGACCUUUUUUUGUCCAAAAACAAUUGAAACCUUUUUCAAUAAAGUUUUGUAAAAUGUA